AGGAAGAUAGGUCUCAGGCCAGAGAGGAGGGGCAAUGGCCCAUUCAGUGGCCAUUCGGUGACUUAACCGAGGCCACUCAGCCAGGUAUUUCCGUAGCCUGGCCUUUUCUGGACUGGACUCUCUCUAAGGACCUCUUCCUCCUCAGCCCAGCGUCAUACAAGGGCAGGGAGGCAGGCAAGAAAGGCACUUGGCAGGGCAGAAGCCAGGGAGGGGUAGAGGAGGCGUGGGAAUUGGGGAAACAGUACUGGACUGUGUUCCAACCCUCUUUUUUUGAUGCCUGGUGCAGAAGCCUCGGCCUCCCAAGGUGGAGCUCCAAAACCUGACUCCACACCUAUAAAAGGCGGUCCUUUGCCUGCAUCUUAAUCAACUGACUCCGCCCCUGACCUCACCCCUUAGGAUGACGUUUCGACUCCGCCUCCUCUCUGAGACAUGCAGACCCCACCCCUUCCGGGGGACAGGCAAGCCUAGUGCGCAACGGCAUCCCUGUGACGUAAUGGUAACGGAGACGUUCGGAGCCCAGGACAUGUCGGGAAUGAGGAGAUACGAGGUGGCGCUGGAGGCGGAGGAGGAGAUCUACUGGGGCUGUUUCUACUUUUUCCCCUGGCUGCGCAUGUGGCGGAGGGAGCGGAGCUCGGCGCACCCCGGGGAGCAGAAGCUGGAGCCUCUGCGAGGCCUGAUGAGCUGUCUGUCCAGCGGCCUGGGCCCUGCUCCCCAGCGCUCGGGUCGUGGCCUCCCCCACCGCAGCCCCGCCGCCGCUGCCCAGCCAGCCAGUGCAUUAAAGAUUUAAAC